UAUCGUUAUCGUGUGCCCACGCUCAGUCAAAUACUGACGUGCCUAUCCCAACGGUCGUGUGCGCGGAUUCACUUCCCCGAACUCUGCUUCCCGCGUUUUGUCGCUCUGGGAAAGAGUCAAUCUAGCUGGGAUAUACUUUAUUUUGUCCGAAAGAAGCCCACAGAAGCCGAUGGAAUGGCUUGAAUACCGAUAGACUAUAUAGUAUGCCCCGCCCACGUAACAUCUGCAAGCCGAAUGGAGAAACUUGCUCAUCGUAGCAUCGGUCCAGGAUUCUAGUCCCCGAAAAAACGUAAUCCCUCUACAUUUGCGAGUAGGAUUCUGUACCAAAAACGUUUGCGCGUUCCAUGGCAGAACUGGCCAGCUAGGGAACCGGAAACGGAAACGGCCACGCAACCGGAACCGGAACUGGAACAGUAAUUAUAACUGGAAGUGAGCCCGAAACCGUAACCGUUACCGUUACCGCUACCGAUUUCGAAAACGAUCGAAGGUAUUAGCACGGCAUGGACACCGCUGCCGCCGCCGCCGCUGCAGUCGCCGUUGACCUGAAACCCGAUCAGCAGCUGCUGGGCAGCUCCACAAAGGCCCGGAUUGGAGGAGGAAAUACUGGAUGCGACUGCCUGGGCAGCACCGUGGAGACCAUGUCGCUGACUCCGCCACCCACGCCACCUACACGCGCCACUGAUGGCCAAGUGGAAGCGUGUGGAGCUCCAGGCAUCCCAAGUGCUCCCGCUGAGACCCUUUCCCUGAACGGAAUGAAAGGCAAGGAGGCGCCGGAAACAGCAACCGCAAUAGCAUCCACUGAACCCACUCAGCCGGAUAUGCCCGCCACAUCAUCAACGUCUUCCGCCAAAGCUUCCAUCACGCCAACGUCUGCCUUGCUGGGAUCGGGAUCAGCAACAAGUUCGCUAGUCCCUGCAGCGGAGCAUCCACCAGCUGCAGCUUCAUCGGGGCCUAGUAGCAGUGCCAGCAGCUCCAGCAGCAGCAGCAGCAGUUCCGGAUCCGACGAGAAUGUGGUCCAGCUGCUGCCCUGGCAGGACAUGCCCACGUAUCUUCAGUUCAAUCCCUACGUACUCCGUGGUUACAGACCACUGCAGACCUUCAAGGGAUGCCUCCUCAGCCUGUUCUACUGGCACAACGAGACCAUCAACAUACUGACACAUGCCAUACCCAUCUUCUACAUCCUGGCCAUCGUGCCCGGACUGAUGCCCUGGGACAGUGGCUACAAGUUCCUGUCCUUCUGCCACGUCUUCGGAUCGGUGGCUCCCUGGUGCGGCAGCUUCGUCUACCACCUGUUCAUGAACAUCGAGAAGGGCGAGAACGUCUACUACACGCUGCUCAAGUUGGACAUGGUCGGGAUCUGGGUGAGCCAAAGCUUUGGUGCCCUGCCCCUGGUCACAGCCACCACUCUGUGCUUCCCCCCCGUGCUCAAGUGGCUCAUCAUUGUUUCCUACUGCGUGCUCUCGCUGUGGGGCCUCUACAAGGCUCUAACUGCCAGCUCACCCUGGCAGCGUCGCUUGUGCUUCGCCCUGCCCUUCGCCAUGCGCUCGAUCCUGACCUUCCUGCGCAUCCGUGGAAUGGUGGGCGGCAGUCACAUGGCCCUUUCCCAUGUCUACCUGCAGGUUGAAGUUGACGGCGUCUCCAUACUGGGCGGUGCCAUCGGAGCGAUGCGAAUCCCGGAGAAGUGGUUCCCCGGAGUGGUGGACUACUAUCUGAACUCCCACAACAUAAUGCACGUGCUGGUCGUCGUGGCCGUUUACUCCAUGCACAAGGCUACCAUCAAGGACUUCGAGUGGAUGUCGACGCAGACUUGCCACACCGCCGCCAACGCCACGGAGCAGGCUCUAGGUCACGUGGAGCUAUGACCCGCUUAUUGGCUGCUGCCGCUGGUGCUGCUGCCCUUGCCGUGGAUAAUCCUGGCCAGGCGGCGGGCCCGGACGCACUUGAUCCGCGCCCUGAUCGCGCCCAUCGCCUGGCGGAGGCGGCGAGCCCAAGUCCCCGCAUGAGACCAGACGGAGAUCCAUCGAUGCAGUGGGGCAAGGACGAACGCUACUUGAAUAUACCGUGUAUAAGAGAGCGAAGAUGAUGUAGUAACAAUAUACAUAUGUAUAUCUAGGUGUAGGUAUAGGCCAUACAUAUAUGAACUGUAUGUGUGUAUUUACAUAUAGUACUUACUUCGACUGUGGUAUUAAGCAUUAAGGUUAUAUUAUUACUGGGACAAGACGAGACGAACGACAGGAUGGCCGGAUGAGAGGAUGACAGGAUGGCAGGAUAGUUCGGAACCAAGUCUUCGGAUUUUCACGCUAGUCUCUUGGGUAUUCAGUUGCAAUACGGCUGCGCAAUGGAUAGCGAGUAAUUGAUAAUGAUACAUGAAUAAUAAUUAAUGAAUAAUUGUAACGAUGAUUUGAAUGAUGUUGAUACACAUGUACCUCAUUGUGCUUACGACAACACAUCUUAUUUUCAAAUACUCGUACGUACAACUUUGUACCUCGUCGAAAAAUCUACAAUAAGAACACCUAUAAGCUAAUCUCUUCCUAGUUGAACUUUUUAGAUAUGCAAUUUGUUAAUUUUGGCAAGCUAGCGAGCUAGUGGUAGUGUAAGCCUAGUUAAAGCUCCAAUCUGUGCAUAGUUGUGAACAAAACUCAACCGCUCAUUUCUUGCUGAUGAGUGCCAGUAGUUAGAAACCCGAAUUCAAGUUGGACAAGUGUGAAAACCAAUACAGUCAGUCUCCUGGCAAAUCGCUACUGCAACGAAUCGCAUGAAAGCGUAGUAGUAGGAAUACGAAAUGGAUUGGGUUUAUAUCAUUUACGUCAAUUGAGUGCGCAAUAUUAACCUCAAGUAUUUAUUGAGCUCCCCGAGUAUUGAAUAUUAUUAGAAACCGCAAUAUUUAUUAUGAGUACGUAUACCCUAGGAGCUAAGCAUUAGGGCGGGUAUACAUCCAACUUAACUAUAUACGAUAGCAACCUUUCGAGCGUCGGUCUAUUUUAAUCCUAGCAAUGCGAACAAUUAUGAGUAAUGCGUUUUAGUAGUGUCAAUAAUUUACACCACCCACUCGAAGAAAGGCGAAAAAGAGAGCAAAUCUAACAAGAGAAACGUAAGCUAACAAACGAAUUCAAACAAACAAAGCAAUAAUUAUAGGCAGACUCAAUGCUUUAAGUUUAAAGUUGCUGCUAAACAUAAGUGACAAUUAUACGAAUAAUGUAAAAUGAUUUUCUGAGAGGUUAAUAAACAUUAAAAGUGUAUUUAAUGAGCAAAUGAAAAGUA